GCCCGAAAUUGAGUAAGUGCGGUGUGCAGGGCCGGGUUGGUUCAAGGCGAUGCGGAGCUGCGGAGAGAACGGCAUUGUUAAUGCUUUAUUGAGUUGUUGUAUCCGUUGAAACGGAGGGGAUUUGUUGGUAGCAUUGACGAGUGAUCGAAGGAGUAGUGAACGUAAGCAAUAACCGAAGAGCCAAACAAGUGUCGGGUGUUAAGACUUCUGACUAAAGAAUAUUUCUGGAAGUUGGAUCCUUAAACUAUCCGGUGAAAAUGCACGAUGAACGUUUGCAGAGUUUCUUAAGUCUUGAUUUUAUGUGCAUUAUUGAGAAAAUUGCUUAAAACAUAUGGCAUAGUGGAUGGUGGCACAAUGAGUGGGGAGCCUGAUGCAUUAGCAGUAGUAAACCAGCUGCAAGAUUUAGCAUCUGACCCCUUAAACAGGCGAGCGAUUGUUCAGGAUCAGGGAUGUCUGCCUGGGUUGAUCCUGUUCCUAGACCACUCAAAUCCUCAAGUUGUUUACUCUGCAUUGUUGGCUCUGCGCUAUCUGGCAGAAUGUCGUUCCAGCAGAGAGAAAAUGAAAAGUGAACUAGGCAUGAUGCUGAGCUUACAAAAUGUGAUUCAAAAAACAACAACGCCUGGUGAAACUAAGUUUUUGGCAAAUGAAGUGUAUGAAAUUUUGCAGUCAUCGAGCGGUGAAGAGUCUGAUCAGACGAAUGAUCAUAACUCGCAUAGACGCAAACCACAGUUUUUCCUGGGAAGUACUAACAAACGUGCAAAAACAGUUACUCUGCAGAUAGAUGGUUUAGAUGAUGCGUCACGGAGGAAUAUGUGCGAAGAAGCAUUGUUGAAAAUUAAAGGUGUCAUCAGUUUUACCUUCCAAAUGACUGUUAAGAGAUGUAUUGUGCGGAUCCGAUCUGAUCUAAAAGCGGAGGCACUGGCAUCUGCUAUUGCAGCAACCAAAAUUUUAAAAGCACAACAAGUGAUCAAAAAUGAAAAUGGAGAGGAGAUGCUGAUUCCGUUCCAAGGUACACCGGUCGAAGUUGAGGAAAACACAGAAUUACCAGACUAUUUACCUGAAGAUGAAAGUCCAGCGAAAGAUGGUGACAAUGCUGUGUCCCGUGUUGGGAGUAAGCAAGAAGUUGGUGGCGGCUGGUUCAGUACAGCAGCAAACUUUUUAUCAAGGUCAUUUUAUUGGUGACAAGUGGUUGUAGCUGCACCAAACUUGGGUAUGAGUAGGACUGUGGAAACAGGGAGACCUUUUUCCCGUUGUUGUGGUGAAUUGUCAAGUGCAAUUUGCAGUAAUGCGAAAACUAUUACAGUUUAUGGAGGCUUUAAGUAUACUGCAUUUUCACUUAAAUGAGAAGUUAAGCCAUCAGCAAUAGAAGAGAUCCCUACUGCCUUUAUCAUUAAAUUGCCUCACAAUCAUGUGUUUAUUAUUUUCCUCCAACGGGUCCUCAUCAAUACCAAAUGACAUGAAAAGUGAAGCUUAAACAACCAGAGUUUGGAUGGAUUCUUCUGCAGCAUCCUACGUAGGGUACCCACCUUGAAUAUUGUACAGAAGACCUCUUUGAGUUAUGUUAAUAUAAGGAAUAUUGUGCAUGAAUUAUGCUUUUUUUGAUGUUACACAUUGCAAUGACAUUUGCAAAUAUUUGCAGUUUGCUUAAGACCUCAAUGGUUGCAUACACUUGCCUUACAUUUUUUGUUCAAAUUCUAAAGCCUUUAUCGUAAAUGCCUUUCUAUUUCUGUUUUCCAUCUGCCAAAAUUCAUGAUGCUCAGUGAAAUUUGUCCUUGUAACUUAUUAAUAUUCAACCAUUUCUGUACUAAAAAGUUGCACCCUACUUAUAGUGUACAGUAAAUGAACUGACAUGUUGCCUUCUAACCUGGUUUUGCAACAUUUAAAUGAAUCUGUCAAAAGCUCAUUAACUGCACUUUGAGUAAUAUGUCUUGAUGUUACAAUGCAAUGAUUUUAUUUUAUUGUCAGACAUGUAUUAAAACCAUAGUUUUUGAAAUUCAAAUGUUUGUUUGAAGUGAUAGGUAUGUAUAGUAUCCAGCAUAAAUCUUUGUUGUUACUAAUUUACAUUCAUGUAACUAACAUUUAGUUUGUGCCAAUAGCCUGUAUGUUAUUCCACCAAUGCGUUUAUCCCUGUAACUACAUUUUCCAUUAAACAUAUGUAUAUGGACUACA